GUGCGCAGGCGCCAAUGGUUAGAGUGCCGGCGCCGUGUCGAUCGCGGCCGCGGAAAAUGGUGCUGCGCCGUGGCGAAGGGCGGGCCUGAGCCCUGAGGUGAUAAACAUCGGCCUGACAACAAUAACAAAAGCGACCGGCGCUCUCCCUUAUUGAUAAAUUGGAGAGAGAGAUACAUAUUAAUUCGGAUUUUGACGACGGAAAUAUUUCCGAUACGGCUGCAGUCGGACUGAGAUGCCGGAGUGCCCCGUUUAACAGCGCAGUCCGCUUCUCCCCGCCCCAAGAUGUGGCUCAAGCUGUUCUUCUUGCUCCUCUACUUCCUGGUCCUCUUUGUGCUGGCCCGGUUUUUCGAAGCCAUCGUCUGGUACGAGACCGGAGUCUUCGCCACGAAGUUGGUAGACCCAGUGGCGUUGAGCUUCAAGAAGCUGCGGACGAUCCUAGAGUGUAGAGGCAUCUGCUACGCUGGCCUGCCCGAGAAGAAAGAUGUCAGGGAGCUGGUGCAGAAAUCAGGUGAUUUGAUGGAGGGCGAGCUUUAUUCUGCACUUCGUGAAGAGGAAGCAUCAGAAUCUACUGCCAGCACUAACUUCAAUGGCGAGAUGCAUUUCUAUGAGCAGGUGGAAGACACUAAAGAUGGAAUAUGGCUGGUCCAAGUUGUGGCUAAAGAUAAGGAUCCUUUAUUAGGUAAGGAUCAAUGGCACAAGAUGGUGAAGAAAGUGUCCCAGUUUGGUAUACGUACAGGAGCUUUCAAUUGUUCCAGUGACCCCAAAUACUGUAGCAAGCGAGAUUGGUUGAAAUCUACACUCAUAAUGUCCAUUCCACAAACUAACACUUCAAAGGGGAAAGUAAUGCUUAAAGAGUAUCGUGGGCGAAGGAUUGAAGUUGAGCACAUUUUUAAAUGGAUAAACACCCAUGUGGCAUCUCGGAUUAAAACAAUCAGAAGUCCUGAUCAGUUGAUGGAAGAAUGGAAUAAAAGUGAUCGAUACCAUGUAAAGAUCUAUUUGUUUGCAAGCCUUGACCAGCCACCUGCUUUCUACUCUGUUCUCAGUGUAAAAUUUACAGGACGUGUGGAGUUCAUUUUCGUUGAUGUUCAGAAGUGGAACAGUGACAGACACAUGAAGGAGAUUGGUGUUGAUCAAUUCCCAGCAUAUAUCGUGAAAACUCCUGAAGGUAUCUAUAAAUAUGGAAACACUACAGGGGAGUUUAUAUCACAUCAUGCAAUGGAUGUAUUUCUCCGAUCAUUACAGCCUGAAGUAAAUGAUCUCUUUGUCUUGAGUCUAGUUCUUGUUAAUUUAAUGGCAUGGAUGGACUUAUUUAUAACACAAGGUGCCACAAUAAAGCGAUUUGUGGUUCUUAUAAGCACACUAGGUACUUAUAACUCCUUAUUAAUAAUGUCCUGGCUACCCAUAAUAGGAUUUUUGCAGUUACCAUAUUUGGAAAGCUUUUAUGAAUAUAGUUUAAAGUUUCUGCGGUACGCCAACACAACCACUUUAGCUUCUUGGGUUCGAGCUGAUUGGACUUUCUAUUCAUCUCAUCCUGCUCUUUUUCUCAGCACGUACCUGGGCCACGGUUUGUUAAUAGAUUACUUUGAGAAAAAGCGAAGACGUAACAAUAAUGAAGAUGAGGUAAAUGUGAAUAACCUUGAAUGGCUGUCAAGCCUGUGGGACUGGUAUACCAGCUACUUGUUCCACCCAAUUGCUUCAUUUCAGCACUAUCCUCAUAAUUUAGAUUGGGAGGAAGAUCCCAAUUUGUUGUUGGAGAGACUUGCAUUCCCGGAUCUGUGGCUGCAUCCAUUAAUACCAACAGAUUACAUAAAGAACCUACCAACAUGGCGAUUUAAAACUAUUGCAGGGCAUUCUGAAGAUGAAGUAAGUGAAAGCUGGCAUGAGACUGACAGUGAUUCUGAAAGUGAAAACCAUGAUGUGUGCAAUAAAUCAAAGGUAAAUGAUAGUGAAGAGGCAAGUGGGCUCCAGACACUUGCAGAAGGAAAGGUGCAAACUAGUGAAGAAACCAAUACCUGUGAAGUAAAUUCUGGCAAUGCAUGUCAGUGCACACCAAAAUCACACAGAAACACAAACAUCACUGAAGCUGAUGAACCAGAUUGGUCUACCUGGCCCAGUAACAUGCUCCGUUGCUCAGAAUGUGUGGUGUGCCUGGAGAAUUUUCAGAAUGGUUGCUUAAUAAUGGGACUACCCUGUGGUCAUGUGUUCCAUCAGCAAUGUAUUGUGGUCUGGUUAGCAGGAGGACGACAUUGUUGCCCUGUAUGCAGAUGGGCUUCAUACAAAAAGAAGCAUUGUUUCAUCAGAUAAGAACAAUGGUUCAGCAAUGUUUUCAACCAAUAUUUCAGGCUCUUAAAUAUCUAAUACUUAAUAUGCAUUGUGAUGUUUGUUGUUCAUGUUUGUGCUUUUAUGUGAUUUAAAUUUAGUUUUUAUGUAGAAUUUUUUUGGAGCUGAUCCUCAAUAUAACUACACUACAUUUAUUAAUGAGUCUACUACCAGUCUUGUUAAUUUCUGGAUGCUUUACAACAAUAGCACAAUAAAUCUUGUUAAUUCUGUUUGGUAUGUUCAACCAUUAAACUACCAGUAUCACCAAACGGAGAAUGUAAAAGACCUCCUGAUUUGAGAUUUUAUUAGAAGAAUAUUAAAUUUAAAAUAUUUGUCUUGUUCUAAAUAAUUUCUUUAUCUGGUUGCAGAACAUUGGGCGUAAUUUCAUUACCUAGAUCUGGGAACAGCUCAUGGCUAUUUUGAAGUGCAAAUCUUAUUCUAAAAGGGAGUCAAUAAAAAGAUGUAUAAUCAUUCAUAUUGAAGCAUUUUUUGCAGACAUUUUGAAGAGCAUUCAAGACAUAACUUGAAAAUGGAAGAAAAACAUGGUUCAAUAAAAGUAUUUCAUGCACUCAACCAUUACCAAGAUGCUUAGCACUUUAUUCCCAACUUUAUUGGAUACUUCAUAAACUGAAUGUACCUUAAAUAGAUGUAGCUUGCUGAAUCAUCUGUAUUCUUUGCUAGGGAAUCAUUUUUUAAUUCAGAUUUUUAGAAAUGAAGGCCAAAGUCUCAUAAUACAUAUAGCACUGAGGUUAAAACAAUGAAGUUCAUGUAGCAAUUGUGUUAGCCAUUGAAAAAGCCAAGAUUGUCAAAGUUUAUAGGUCAUAAGUGAAAUGAAGAAGUAAAUAUAUUAUAGUGUGUAUGUAUAUACAGAUAUAUAAAAGUAAAAUAAGGACUCGGGGGGGGGGGGGGGGGAAAUAAUUGGCCCAAUGUGCUGAUUUGGAUUUGGCAGGAACAAUAAUUUCCAUAAAUAGAUCCUUUGGUCCUUGCAGUCUGGAAGUACUUCUACUGCAUAUUAUAUUAAACAAUAGCAAAAUCCCUGGUACUGGAUUUGAUGAUGUUAUGUGCAGUGAUGUAUACUUCUGUCUUUUAAAUGGUGAAAUCGCUGUAAGGUCAAAGGGUGAAUUAUAAGGCAACGAAUUGGCUUUUGUAUGGAAUGCUAAUAGCAAACCAUUUUCACAAUAAGCUGUAUUUAUUUUCUAUUAUUCCUUGUAACAACUGAACAAUAAACAUUUUCCUUUGA